CCCUCCCCUCCCCCUCCCGCCGCCGCGGAGCGCGCAGGGAGCAGCCGGGGGCUCGGUGGCGGCGGCGUCUGGCCCCGGCUCCUCCUCCUCCUCCAUCUCCUCCUCGCUCCCUCCAUCCGCCGUGGUUAUGGCCCGUCGCUGGAGCACAAAAGAGUCUCCGCGGUGGAGGUCUGCGUUGGUCUUGCUGUUCCUCUCCGGAGUGUACGGAAAUGGUGCUCUUGCAGAACAUUCUGAAAAUGUGCAUAUUUCAGGAGUGUCAACUGCUUGUGGAGAGACUCCAGAACAAAUUCGAGCACCAAGUGGUAUAAUCACAAGCCCAGGCUGGCCUUCUGAAUAUCCUGCCAAAAUCAACUGCAGCUGGUUCAUACGGGCAAAUCCAGGGGAAAUCAUUACUAUAAGUUUUCAGGAUUUUGAUAUUCAAGGGUCCAGAAGAUGCAGUUUGGACUGGUUGACGAUAGAAACAUACAAGAAUAUUGAAAGUUACAGAGCUUGUGGUUCAACAGUUCCACCACCAUAUAUUUCUUCACAAGAUCAUGUCUGGAUCAGGUUCCAUUCUGAUGACAGUAUCUCUAGAAAGGGUUUCAGACUGGCGUAUUUUUCAGGGAAAUCUGAAGAAGCCAACUGCGCUUGUGAUCAGUUCCGUUGCGGCAAUGGCAAGUGUAUACCCGAAGCCUGGAAAUGCAAUAGCAUGGACGAGUGUGGGGACGGGUCUGACGAAGAGGUCUGCGCCAGGGAAGCUGAUACCCCAGCAUCUUCUUCCUUCCAACCUUGUGCCUACAACCAGUUCCAGUGUUUGUCUCGAUUUACCAAGGUCUACACUUGCCUCCCUGAAUCUUUAAAAUGCGACGGCAACAUUGACUGCCUGGACCUCGGAGACGAGAUCGACUGUGACAUGCCAACCUGCGGGCAGUGGCUAAAAUAUUUCUAUGGUACUUUCAGUUCCCCCAAUUAUCCAGACUUCUAUCCUCCUGGAAGCAACUGCACCUGGUUAAUAGACACUGGUGAUCAUCGUAAAGUCAUUCUGCGCUUUACCGACUUUAAACUUGAUGGUACUGGUUAUGGUGAUUAUGUCAAAAUAUACGACGGUUUAGAGGAAAAUCCACACAAGCUUUUGCGUGUCUUAACCGCUUUUGAUUCUCAUGCACCCCUUACUGUUGUUUCUUCUUCUGGCCAGAUCAGGGUACAUUUUUGUGCUGACAAAGUGAAUGCUGCAAGGGGAUUUAAUGCUACUUACCAAGUAGAUGGCUUUUGUUUGCCUUGGGAAAUACCCUGUGGGGGUAACUGGGGGUGUUACACAGAACAGCAGCGCUGUGAUGGGUAUUGGCAUUGCCCAAAUGGAAGGGAUGAGAUAAAUUGCACCAUGUGCCAAAAAGAAGAAUUCCCCUGUUCCCGAAACGGUGUCUGUUAUCCUCGUUCUGAUCGCUGCAACUACCAGAAUCAUUGCCCAAAUGGCUCAGAUGAAAAAAACUGCUUUUUUUGCCAGCCAGGAAAUUUUCAUUGUAAAAACAAUCGGUGUGUGUUUGAAAGCUGGGUGUGUGAUUCUCAGGAUGACUGCGGUGAUGGCAGCGAUGAGGAGAAUUGCCCAGUUAUUGUGCCUACCAGAGUCAUAACUGCAGCCGUCAUAGGGAGCCUUAUCUGUGGACUGUUACUGGUCAUUGCGUUGGGAUGUACCUGUAAGCUCUAUUCUCUGAGAAUGUUUGAACGAAGGUCAUUUGAAACACAGUUGUCAAGAGUAGAAGCAGAAUUGCUAAGAAGAGAAGCUCCUCCCUCUUAUGGACAAUUGAUUGCUCAGGGUUUAAUUCCACCAGUUGAAGAUUUUCCUGUUUGUUCACCUAAUCAGGCUUCUGUUUUGGAAAACCUGAGGCUAGCAGUACGAUCCCAGCUUGGAUUUACUUCAAUCAGGCUUCCAAUGGCAGGCAGAUCCAGCAACAUUUGGAAUCGUAUUUUUAAUUUUGCAAGAUCACGUCAUUCAGGGUCAUUGGCUUUGGUAUCAGCAGAUGGAGAUGAGGUUGUACCUAGUCAGAGUACCAGCAGAGAACCUGAAAGAAAUCAUACUCACAGAAGUUUGUUGUCCGUGGAGUCUGAUGACACAGACACAGAAAAUGAGAGAAGAGAUACAGCAGGAGCAUCUGGUGGGGUUGCAGCUCCUUUGCCCCAAAAAAUCCCUCCCACAACAGCAGUAGCAGCAACAGUGGGAGCAAGUGGAAGUUCCUCAACUCAAAGUACCCGAGGUGGUCACACAGAUAAUGGAAGGGAUGUGAGCAGUGUGGAGCCCCCUGGUGUGAGUCCUGCACGUCAACAACUCACAAGUGCACUCAGUCGCAUGACUCAGGGGCUGCGCUGGGUGCGCUUUACACUAGGGCGAUCCAGCUCCGGAAAUCAGAGCCAGAGUCCUUUGAGACAGCUUGACAAUGGGGCACAUGGAAGAGAAGAUGACGACGAUGUCGAAAUGCUGAUCCCAGUUUCUGAUGGAGCUUCAGACUUUGAUGUGAACGACUGCUCCAGACCUCUUCUCGAUCUUGCUUCAGAUCAAGGCCAAGGGUUUAGACAGCCAUUUAGUGCAACAAACCCUGGAGUAAGGCCAAGUAAUCGAGAUGGCCCCUGUGAGCGCUGUGGUAUUGUUCACACUGCCCAGAUUCCAGACACUUGCUUGGAAGCAACACUGAAACAUGAGACGAGUGAUGAUGAGGCUUUGUUACUUUGUUAGGUACGAAUCACAGCGAGGGAGAUUGUGUACAAGUUGGAGCAAUAUCCAUUCGUUGUUUUGUAACUUUACAAUUAAACUAGUUUUAAUUUAAAAACAAAAAAGAUGCAGGAUGAUUUCUUACUAUCAUAUGUUAGCCUGCAUGGUUAAAUUAAACAACUUGUAACUCUAUGAACUUUAGAGUUUACUAUUUUAGCAGCUAAAAUUGCAUUAUGUUUUCAUUAUUGUUCAAUAAUGUUCUUCCAUUUGUUUCUAAUUGUUUUUAUCCUGGUACUGUAGUUCACAGUAGAAGUAUGGCUGCUGAAACUCAUCUGACUGUCAGUUUCUCUCUCCUAUGUUAGAAUUUGUUAGUACAAAAUAAUACCUUCUUUUCAUUGAACACUUUAUGCUUUUUGCCAAUACAUCUUGCAACUUAAUAUACCAGAUGUUAAGGUUGUUAAUGUACAAAAAAAGCCCCUUCUAUUCACCUGUGUUUUUAUCAGUGUAACAUUUGUCUAAGUAUUAUUGGGUUUCAUCAUAAUAUGAGCUUGUCAAAGGGAAAAACCUUUGCCUAAAAAUUUUUCUCUUACGUUUAACAUUCAGUGAUACUAAAUUUAGGUAGAGUUAGAUAAAUUAAUGGCAAAAACAAAACUUUUAUAGAUUUUCUAAUGUUGACUUUAAUACUCUAAUAUGGUACAAGCCAAAUGGUAAAACCCCAAGUCAUUUCUUUUUUCAUCUCUAUUUAGGGACAGAAUUAAACAGAUGAAAAUAUUCUACUAUGCAUUAAAUCUUGAACUUUAUAAAAUAUGUACAAAAAUUGUACAAGAUAAGUUCUAACUGGUAAUAUCCUUCCCUAGUACAGGGUUAUGCUUGUAUUGAACCCUGGGGAUUUGCACUAAAAUCAUAUCAAGGUCACAGAUGAGUUUAGUGCACAAGCACUAUCACUUUAAAUACUGUCAUUUGCUAUCACAAUGACUAUAUAUUUCCAUAGCUUUGUGGGGGGGGGCAUUUUUAUUACAACGUGAAAUUGCUUUGCUGGUUUCAUAUUUAUUUGUUGUAUUUAAAGACUGCAUUAUUGUAAGAGUGAUUCUCAAUAUAUUUUAUUCAUGGGGGAGGGGAUCAUGCUACAUGUUGAAAAGCAACUUAAGAAAUCAUUCAGAUCCACCCCCCCCCCCGUUUUUUAAGUAGAAUGAAUUACAAACCCCGCGUAUUUUUUUAUUGUCAGUUCUUGUUUAUUUAUUCUUUAGCUGUCUGUUUUAGUAGCUUAAUGAUUGAGUAUGAAAAAUGUAUUUGUGUGUGAUUAUUGCUAUUUAUUAAAUUUUCAGUACUUUGCUGAAUGUCAUUUUAAAGCAUGUUUGAGGUCUUGUGUAUUUGUCGUGUUAUGCUGUCAGGAAGAACUGACUGAAAUGUUUUAAUAUGUAUCAAGAAUUAAAAUCACUUUUUUUGUAUUGCCUUGAGGUACUUUUUAAAUCAAAGUUGCUAUACAUUUUUGUUGCAUUUUAGUGCAUUUACAGAUUCCAGCCAUAAGAUAUGCAAUGUGUCUAGAAGAAAAACUGAAGGGGUGGAUAGUCUUUUUUAACUACUUUAUGGUAAAGUAGUAGCUUACACCAGCGUUCAAGGGUAAAAAUUCCUAAGGAACUGAAUAUAUUUGCCUUUGAGAACACUGCUUGUUUCUUAUAAGAUGCAAUAACUCAGUCAGUUCUCUUUUUAUUUUUAUUUUUUUGAUUUUCAGAUGCAUUUCAGACCCCCAUAGGAUAUUUUCCUGGCAGAAUUUGCAUUACCAAAUCAAUCUUGUUUAGGUUCUACUAAUAAUAUACUAUAUUAUAUAGGUUUCAUGGUUUUGCUUUCUGGCAUGUGUUUUUAUUUCUUUUUUUAAUUAACUAAUAUGUCUUCCUGGUUCCAACAGUAAAAAGUAUCUCCCCUAUCCCUGACACCCAUCCUUUAGCUCCAUUCCAAGGAGGUAAGUACCAAUACCAGAUUCUGUAUGCCCUUCCAGAGAUACCAUGUAGAUACAUAAAUGUAUCCGUAUAUAUAUAAAUGCCAUAUAUAGUAAUACAAAUUGUAGCAUAGUAUGCAUAUUUUUUCUGUACCUUUUUUUAAGGGAAAAACGUAUCUGAGUUUGAAUAUUAAAACUAAAGUUGAGUAUUUCUGUUAUUUGAUAUUUCCCAUUUAAACCACAGUCUGUCCUGAAUUUACAUCUCCAUUUUUUCCCCAGUUAAUUCUAUCCUGAAGUUCUUUAUUAAAUAAUGCAUUCUUUCCUUACUAUUUGAAAUGACUCUUUUAUCAUAUACUAAUUUACAUAUUACUUGGAUAUAUUUCUGGACUCCUCUUCAAUUGAUCUACCCUUUUUUUAUACUAGUUCUACAUUGUUUUAAUAAAUAAUGUUUAAAUAUUUCAAAUAUUCUUAUUUUUUCCAUUUGAACUAUAGAAUCAACCUACUGAGUUUCACAAAACAAAUCCAUUAGUACUUUUUGGGGGGGAACAGUUUUAAUUUUAUAGAUUAAAUUAGAAAAUUAGACUAGAAUAUUUGACAUCUAUCAUGUUAAAGCUUCUGUCUUAUGCAUGGUACAUAUCUUUAAAUGGUGCCCAUUCAUUCAAGCUUUUUUUUUUUUUUUUUUUUUUUUGGUUGCUUCCUUCAGACAUGUUUCAUAUUUUACUUUAUAGAGAUCUUCUACAUCCUUAAGAGUUUAUUCUUUGGAAUUUCAUUGUUUUUGUUACCAAUAUUAAGGAAGUCCUUUCUGUUUAUAAUUCAGUCUGAAUUAUGAAGCCUAAUGACUUACUUAUAUUAAUUUUCUGCCCAGCUACCAGACUGCCAUUUUCUUAUAAUUAGUAAUAUUAUUUAAUUAUUUUGUGUUUUCUAGUUACACAUUAUAUCUUCCGUUUGCAUUCCUCUUUAUAUUUUAAUUGCAUUGUCUAGUACUUCAAGAAUCAUGUUAAAUAUAUACAGUUAACCAUGUUAGGGAGCAUCCACUGAUCCCUAUAUAUAAGCCAAGAAUGCAUGUUGAAUUUUAUCAUAUGACUUUUCACUAUGGAGAUGAUCACAUGAUUUUUCUCCUUUGGUCUUUUAAUAUGAAUUUUAUUAGUAUAUUUUGUAAUUUUGAACCAUUCUUGCAUUCCUGAAAUAAACUACUUGUCCAUGUGUAUUUUAA